AUGACAACGAUCCUGGCAUUUAGGCGGGGACUGCCCUCGGGGGAGGGGCUUCCAGAGCAGCCCCUCAGCUGUGAGAAGGAGAUAGUGCGACGCUAUGAGGUUGUUCACUCUGUCAUCUGCUCAAUGUGUUGCCUCUUCGGGAUCAUCUACUGCUUCUUUGGUUAUCGCUGCUUCAAGGCCGUGAUGUUCCUGACGGGUCUGAUGUUCGGCUCGGUCAUCAUCUUCAUGUUGUGCCAUAAAGAGCGUGUCCUGGACACCCAGCUGAGCGUGGAGGCCAGCGUCGGGAUCGGCCUGGGCAUCGGUACCCUCUGCGGACUCGUCACCAUGCUAGUGCGCAGCGUGGGGCUCUUCAUGGUGGGUCUUCUCUUGGGGCUGUUGGUGGCCCUGGCGUCCUUGGUGGUCCUGGAAGAGUUCUACCAUCCGCGGACGGUCUGGCUGCCCCUGGGGGUUCUGCUGGGUUCUGGGAUGCUGUUCGCGGUCCUCACCCUUCAGUGGCAGCGUUGUUUUACCACCAUCUCCACCGCCGUCUUCGGCUCCGCCAUCAUAACCGUCACCGUGGACUACUUUGUGGAGCUGUUGGCGCUCGUGCACUACAUUUCCGAACGUGUGACGGUGAAACCGCCGAGACCCGUGUGUUGGUUCACCUGGGCGGUCAUGGGAGUUUGGCCCACGCUUGCCGUCCUGGGCGUGCUCAUUCAAUGGAAGGUGACAUCUGAGGGUUAUUCCCACACAGAGGUAUUUAUAAGUCACCAGCAGAGACGGGUGCAGCUGAUGCGUAUUCGUCAGAAGGAGGAGAGGAGAGAGUGCAGAAAAAAGAAGAAGAAAAAGACCAAGCAACCCCAGCAGCAGCAGCAGCAGCAGUACCACCAUCCUCCUCCCCACCCCACUGACCCGCCCUCCAAACCCCUACACCCCGAGCCCACCUACCGCAGGAAACCCAACACCGUUCGCCGCUUUGACGGGGAUGUGCUCUCUCCUAGCUACAUCCAACAUUUUCGGGACAGACAGGUGGAUAGGCGGGGUUAUUCCCACGGCAGGUUGAUUAGUGGCUCUCACACGGUGGACCUGGACUAUGACUGUGGCUCUCAGGUGCCCCUGACUGCUGCUGCAGGGCCAGCUGUGCGUGUUUGA